UUGUUUUCACUUUGCAGUUUCUCUUACAGUCUAAACUAAAAUUCCUCUCGUAUAGAUUGAGGUUGUGGAGUGUGUGAUACUGAUAGUGGCUCUGAAAUGGAAGGAAAUAUGAUGUAAGUAGUACUCUAUUUUACUUUUAGUAGAAUAUUUUUUUUUGAAUGAUAUUCUGAAACUGAUUUUUUUUAUUAUUAUUAUUAAUAUCAUUCAUUCUUUUCUUUGGUAGCAAUUUUUUUUAUCUUGUAUGUAUACUAUAUAUAUAUUUAUUAAAAUUUGAGGUAAAUUUUAUAUAUUAAAAUUUGAGGUAAAUUUGAUAUUGUAUAUAUAUAUAUUUAUUAAGAUUUGAAAAUUUUUACCUUGUAUAUUGAUAUGUGAUAUGUGUAUAAUUCUGCAUAAUUGAUGAAUGUACAUAAAUUUAUAUCUACAUACACGAUUCACAUGAAUAUAAAGAUAGAUUAUAAAAGUAGAAUAAAAUAUUAUUUUGUAUUUUAUUCUUAAUAAGAUGUAUGGAAUGUAUAUAAGUAUAUGUUGUAACUGUUUUCUUGUAUCGACUUUUGUAUGUUUAUAUUUUUGUGUCUUACAUAUGUUAUUUAUGUUUAUAUCUACAUGUAAAGUUGUAAUUCUUGCGGUAUAUUAUAUAUAUAUAUAUAUAUUAGAUUUUGUAUUUAAAUAUGUGUAUCAUAUUAUAUAUAAUAAAAUAAAUUUAUGUAUUACAUAUAUUUUUUUAUGAUUUAUUAUUUUAUGUUAUUCUAUUUUAAACAUUAUAAAUUUAUAAGUCUAUAACUGUUUUUUUUUUUUUUUUGUACUUUAAAAUAAUUUUUGCAUUUUAUCAUGUGUAUAUUGAUCUUUUACAUGUCUAUUAUUAUAUGUAGUGGAACUAUGAGUGAGAAUGAAAAAGACACACCAUCAACAUAUGGACAAAUGGAAGGAGACUCAUCAACUCCUCUAAAUAAUAUUGAUUCAGAAACUCAAACUAUUAUUGAUGAUGAGAAUACUCAGGUGAAGAGAAAAUUGACUUCUUUUGUUUGGAAACAUUUCAAGAAGGUAAAAAUUGAAGGAGUUGAUAAGGCAAUUUGCAACUACUAGUCAAAAGAAAUUGGGAGGAUCAAGCAGAAAUGGAACGAGACAUUUACAUGAUCACUUCAAGAUUUGUCCUCUUAGAAAGAAUCGUGAUAUAAAACAAUAAAUCUUGAAUCCAAGUAGGAAGAAGGAUGGAAGUACUUCUCUUGCUGCCCACAACUUUGACCAAGAGUUUUCAAGAGAAAAACUUGCUAAGAUGAUUGUUUUGCAUGAGUAUCCACUCAAUAUGGUUGAGCAUGAUGGAUUUAGAAGCUUUGUCAAGUCUCUCCAGCCAUUAUUCAGAUAUGUAUCGCGAACUACUAUUAGGAGGGAUAUAUUGAAGAUAUAUGAGAAUGAAAAGACCAAGACAAUGAACUCAAUGAAUGACAAUCGUAGUAGAGUUGCGAUUACAACUGACUUGUGGACAUCAAAUAAUCAAAAGAGAGGGUAUAUGGUGGUGACUGCACAUUAUAUUGAUGAUUCUUGGAUUUUGCGUAAUCGAAUUAUCAGGUAAUAUGAUAAAUUGCUCAGAAUUUUUUUUAUUAUGUCAAUAUUUGAUAUCGAUAUAUGCUAAUAAUUUUUUUUUGUGUACAUUCAGGUUUAUAUAUGUGCCCACCCCUCAUACUGCUAAACUUAAAGUGUUGAUGGAGUGUUUGAUUGAAUGGUCUAUUGAGCGUAAGUUGUCUACCCUUACCUUAGAUAACUGUACUGUGAACAUUGCCAUGAUGGAUCAAAUGAAAGAAAAAUUGAGAAAUACUUCUUUACUAAUGAAAGGGAAACUACUUCACAUGAAAUGCUCUGCUCAUAUCUUGAACUUGAUUGUUCAACAAGGACUAGGGGCAAUUCAAGGUGCCAUAAAAACUAUACGUGAGAGUGUAGUUUUUUGGACUGGCACUCCAAAAAGAGUUGAAAAGUUUGAAGAGGCUAAGAAAGGAUUAUCAUGCUCUAGCAACAAAAGGUUAGUGCUUGAUUGCAAGACUAGGUGGAAUUCUACUUAUUUGAUGCUUACUAGUGCCAUUACUUAUAAAGAUGUAUUUAGUCGCCUAAUACAUACUGAGAAAAAUUACAAAAAAGAACCUAGUGAGCGAGAUUGGCUUUUGGCAAAAGUUAUGUGUGAAAAAUUGAAGUUGUUUUACAAUGUAACUGUGAUAUAUUCUGGAACUAAAUAUCCUACUGCUAAUCAUUUCUUCUCUAAGAUUUGUGAAAUUCUGGCAUUAAAUAUGAUGGAUAAAUUUGAGCAGUAUUGGACUUCCAUUCAUGGCAUAUUAGCCAUAGCAACUGUUUUGGAUCCAAGGUUCAAGAUGAAAUUGAUUGAGUAUUACUUUCCUAAAAUUUAUGUUGGUGAAUAUCAAAAUGAAGUUAAGCGAAGUAGAAUGUUGUGCUAUGAUUUAGUGAAAGAAUAUAAAUCGAAUGAUGGAAAAGAAAAUAUUCUUGAACCUUUAUUCAAUGCUUCUGGAGUUGGUGGAGAUAAUGAUGGAUGUGUAGAUGAUUUAGUUGGUUUUGACUUGUAUGUUAGUAGUACUUCAAAUGUGGAAACUUACAAGUCUGAGUUAGACUUAUACUUGGAGGAAGCAGUUUUGCCUAGGAGUGGAGAGUUUGAUAUUUUAGCUUGGUGGAAGACAAAUGGUCUUAAAUAUCCAAUAUUACAACAAGUUGCUAGAGAUGUUUUGGCUAUCCCAGUGUCUACAGUUGCUUCUGAGUCUGCUUUCAGUACUAGUGGAAGACAUGUGACUCCUUGUCGUAAAAGGCUUCAUCCGAACAUGUUGGAGGCUUUAGUAUGUACACAAGAUUGGCUAUGGGAUGAGAAAUUAGAUGCAUCACAAAAUGAGGCUUCAUAUAGUAUAUUUUUUGAUGAUGUGGAAGAUGAUGAAGCGGUAAGUUAGCAUUUAUUUAUUUGUUUGUUUACUAUUUUUUUCUUUAAAAUAUCUAUUUACUUAUAAUUGAUGACAUUUUUAUUUUAGGGCCCAAGUUUUGUGGAUUACGAUGCUCGAAGAAUCAAAACUCUUGAAUGGUGGUGGUGACUACUACUAGAUUUCAAAGUUGAAGAUGAAGACAUUAUUACAAUUUUAUUAAGUUGUGUGUGUUUGUUUGGUUCUCAAGUUUAUGUUUAAGUUUUAAGCUUAUGUUUAUGGAUUUUAAGUUUUACAUUGAAGGAUUUUUAAUUUUAGAAUUUAUCUAAAUGACUAUCAAUUAUGGAAUGAAUUUAGUUUUAUGUUA